CCUAAGCAGUUACAGUGAGAACAGGUAGCUCUGCAGAUACUGGGACAACUCACAGGCUGAACAUAUUGCUAGCUGAUCCUGAACAACCUGCUCCUGUGUCAUUUUGAAAACAACGCUGCAGGUUGUGAAUCAACGGAUUUCUCAACGACGGUUGGGAGAAAGAAAAAAACUUGAAAGACUGGAAUUUUGUGACAAGCUAUCACCGGGAAAGUAGUGUCUGCAAGUGAACACUAGGUGGAAGACUCUCUAGAAGAAAAAACAAAGUAGCAAAGAAAAUGUCACUGAAGGAACGCAAGCCCAAAAAGCCACAUUACAUCCCCAGACCACCAGGCAAACCAUUUAAGUACAAGUGUUUUCAAUGUCCUUUUACCUGCAAUGAAAAAUCUCAUUUGUUUAACCAUAUGAAGUACGGACUCUGCAAAAACUCCAUUACAUUGGUAACAGAGCAAGACCGGGUGGUCAAGAGCCCAAAGUCCAGCACUUUGGAACCAAAGCAAACAAAUUCAGAAGCCUUUGUGAAGCCGGUCCCAUCCCUAUCCAUUGAACUGGAAGCCUUGGACUCUAAAACUCAACAUGAAGUUACAAAAGAAGAAGUGAAGGAGAAUUUACAUCUAAAAAAUGAGGCAAUUGCUCGUGUAGACAAAACAGCUAGUCAGAAGGAAGUGCUUCUGUCCUCAACAGCUGGCCACAGCUCAGUCAGUAGGCCUCCAUCUUUGGAUGGCAAUGCAAGGCCUUCAGCUUUCAUGCCAGUAGGAGAACAUCGGUUUUUGAAGGGUUCAGAGACUGUGCGUAUGCCAGAAAUUCCAGGUGAGCAGAACAAAGGGGGACACAGUGCGAGGUCUGCUUUUCAAAGUCUGCCAAGCCCCUGGACACCUGGGCUGAUUCCCACUGAAAUUAGCCACAAGACAAUUAUGCCUCAUUAUAUGAAUCCUGGAUUCAAUCAUCAGUUUUAUUCAGAGCAUAGAUACCCACUUCAUGCACCAUAUUCCUUCCAUGGAAGCUCUUCAGAGACAGAUAACCGGAUACUGCCUGUUUACCCUACACCCGAGCAAAGACAUUAUAUUCCACAUCAUCUGCAAACCCCAGGACUGUCCCUUCCUAAACCCAUAAACCCACUUUAUGAACAUUAUAGACUUCUACAAGCCUUCCCACAAAGUCCACAAAUUCCAUAUGCAUUUCACAGGCCAAGUGAAAAUUUGUUUUUACCAUAUGGGUUUAAAUUUCCAUCUGCGCCCAACUUCUCAAAAGAUCACAUCUCUCAAAAACUAGAAAGCACACCAUUUAUCUACCCGUCAUCAAGUCCACCUGGGCUGUAUACUGUAGAGUCCAUUCAGAAGUACAUGGAGUGUCAAAAGGAUGCCCUGCAAGGGCAAGCUAAAAAUACAGACUCUAAAAAUGAACCAGAAAUUUUGAAAAUGAGCCCCCGAGCAGGAACUGCAGCUACAGGAUCACCUGGGCGGCCAAGCCCAACUAACUUUACUCAGAACAGCCAAGGGUAUGAAGGAAUCUUUGACCUCUCCGGCAAAUCCAAUUCCUCAUCAGAAAAUGCGGAGAAGCUUGGACAAGGUUUUACAGCCUUUAAACCAGUGCGAAAAAGAACAGACUCUCAAACAACGCAGAGCAGAGAAAACUCUCCAAGUGUCGAAAAUGAAGACACCUACUCCCAGGCGGAGAAGUUUGCUGUUGAUGCUGGAAGCAUGCCAAUCACACGAGAGGAUGACAUUUCAGUUGCCCCCCUCAAUCUUUCAAAGAAAGCAGAGGUUGAGGAAAGACCAGAUUAUGAGCACAAAUACAGCAGUGCAUCAGAUGAUGACGAUGUCGACAUUGAGGAUCAAGACAUGCCUCUGAAUCUCUCGGUGAAAGACAACUGCAAAAACCCAACCCCAACUCUUCCCGGAAAUAGUCCAGCAUCACCGAGGGAAGCCUCAUUUUCACCAAAUUAUCAGAUUAACAAAAGCGUAGAGAAGGACACAUUGAAAACCACUUCCACUCAAAUUUUAGGUGCCACUGAAAACUGUGAUGAGCAAAAGCAGUCAGCAGCUGUUGCCCUUUGUCAGUUGGCAACCUACAAUCCGGGAGCGGUAGCUAAAAACAGCGAUGAAAACCACUCUGAACACCAAUGUGUCUCGCCCCAGCAGGUCCCUGUAAAAACCGCUGAAGUCCAAGAUGUCGACAAUCAUGUAAAACAGAGAGGGCAGAAGAGGGCAAAUCCCAGAGAACCCCAAAAGUCUCAACCCACAAACAAAAAAGGAAAAUCUGCUGAUUCCAGCAGAGUAGGUUCACUGAGGAAAAGACCACGCGUUGUAUAAAUGUGUACUGUACACAGGGAACAAACACGUGGACUUUAAUCUAAAACAAGCCAGUAACUAACUGAUUAUUCAAGACAAACUCAAUCAUAAGCUGCUUCCCAUGAAUGGGUCACUCAGAUCUAAAAUGUUAUUAUUAAAGGUCUGAGAGAACUUCCUUAUAGUAUUAAGCAAAAAAAUCUCAAAUAAUUAAACUUUGUUUUGAUCAGUAUGGCUUUAAGAGAUCUGGUGUUGUUAAGCACUAAAGUGUGUUAAAAGCGAUAUGUGUUUAUAUGAACACUUAAACAGAUCUUUUUUAUUUACAGGUGUUUAUUUAAUAAACAUAAAAAAAAAUGUAUGUGAAAAAUAACUUAGUUGAGAAAAAAAAUAUUCACAUCACCAUUUUGUGAGCUCUCACCGUUAAGAGAAUAAGUUCACCUGGCUCAAGCGAAAACUGCUUUUUGGGUAAUGGUGUUAAAGUAUUCCAAAUGACUACAGUGUAUUGACAGCUAAUAUUUAGCUGAAAUCGGCGAAUAACAGGCAUCCACAAUUUAUAGGAAAGGAAUUAAAAAUUGUACAGAGGGGCCACAAGAAAUUGAAGGUUUGAAUCCUUUUGCGUAGAAGGGUUUUGUGAGUUAAGAGUUAUUUAUCAGGUCCCAUAAAAAAUGCCAUAACUUAUAUAUGCUUUUCUUAUGUAUUUAAUAAUACAGCACAAUUGUACAUUUAAAUAUCUAAUAUUCCCAUAAAAUUGAGGAAUUUUGUUUUUGUUCUUCUAAAAUGUGAAAACAUAGUUUUCUUUGUAUAGCAAACCUCUGGUAUUUAAAUGUAGAUCUAUAAACAUAUAUGUCUUUGUGUAAUUUAUUUUUGUAUAAAAUUAGACAUGGCACUAGAGGUGAUGGAUUUAUGUAAAUAAAAGAGGGUUUUUAUGCUUUUUUUUAGGAUGUUAUACUUUCUGUAUAUAUUAUUACUGUCUACCUGCUUUACUUUGU